AUGUAUCCAACUUCCUGUUUUGUGUUUUUCACUGAGUGUAACAAACACUCAGGUAAAUCUUACAGCUGCCCUUUCGUCUACAGGAGCAGAUUAACACCUGCCAAUCUGGACAGAGAUGAGGUGAGGGUUGCUACUCCAGAGGAUCUCAGAGAUUGGGAACUUGAGACUGCGAGCCAGGUGUCCAUUCCCACCGUCCGGCUCUUUGUGGCACUUUACCCUUACAAUCCCGCUGCCAUGUCUCCUAACUAUGAAACGGCUGCAGAGGAGCUGCCCUUUGUGCCUGGUCAGAUUAUAAAGGUGUUUGGAGACAAAGACGGUGACGGUUUCUAUCAUGGCGAAUCAGGUGGUCUUUCCGGUUAUGUGCCAAGUAACAUGGUGGCUGAAAUUCCGGUGGACGAUGAGUACCUGAAGCAUCUUCUCAUGCAGCAGGGGUUUAUCCCUGUGGACAAUACAGGUAUGUCUUUAACGCCUGAACUGAGUGAAGUAGCCAUUAUCCCUGAUGAUGUGGUUGUACGAAGAAUGGUGGCCUUAUUUGACUAUGAUCCAUGGGAAAGCUCACCCAACAUGGACAGUGAAGUUGAACUUGGCUUUCGAUCAGGAGACAUCAUCUAUGUGUUGGGAGAUAUGGAUCAAGAUGGAUUUUACUAUGGUGAUCUUCAUGGGCGACGAGGUUUGGUUCCAUCAAAUUUCCUGCAGUUGUUACCCUGGAAUUAGCCAAACCCACCGCUCUAACACAUUUGCUACACAUGCCAAGUCUCAGACACAGUGAGGAGAAGCAGCUUUUACAUGUAAAAUAGUUAAAAUGUGUCAAAAACUAUGUGUUUUUUUUUUUAUUAUUAUUAUUAUUCUUAUUUUUAUAUGAUAGCGUGGCGCUAAAUCUACAUUAGAUUGCAAAUGACACAAAAAAAAGCCGGAAUCAGCACUGAGGGUCCAGCAAAGUGAAGAACUGUCAUCAAGCAGUCAAUUUGUCUUAUAAGUUCUUUUAUUGAAUGUUUUCAAUGAAAAUUGCAAAUGUUUUGGUUCAAAAAUAGAUACAGAAAAUUCAUGAUUUUAUCUUUAAAAAAUAAAAAUAAAAAACAUUUGAAUGAAUUUUAUUUUAUUUAUCAUGCUACACUUCAGUAUUCAGAGACACAAUUCACAAAUAUAUAUAUAUAUAUAUAUAUAUAUAUAUACACCUUAUUGCAAUGGAUAGAUCAUUUUAGCCUUAAAAAAAAUACACUUUUAGUCUCAAUAUUUUGCAGACCCGAGUGUAUAAAUAUAGUUUGUCCAUUUUUGCCUUAUACAGUUAUAUGUUUUCUAUAACAGGCUCAUUUCUUAUGUAGUCAUUCAUACAGGAAAACACUUUGUUUCUGAAUUUUGCUGCAAUUUUCAUAUAAAAAUGUCACUGCUAAACAUUUGCACAAAAUAUUUCACUUUGCUUUAAUUGUGUCAUGAAGGCAUGAGCUGUAAACCAGAAACUGACAAUAAACUGUUGAGUCCAUACAAAGCUUACCUACUUUUAUUGUCCCCACAAACAGCAAAUGGUUUUAAAACUUAA